UACACAACAUAAUAUUAAAAGUAUAAACCAUAGACAUAUAAAACAUAAAAACAUUUUAUAUGUCUAUGGUAUAACCAAACAAUAAAUAAUAAUCAACAAUCAAAAUUGUGAAUUUCAUUUUUCCAUGACAUUGUCUUGCAUUUUUCAAAAGUUACUCGAGUUCAUACAUAGUAAGAUUGAUAUAUAAAUUCUUAGAACGACUACUAUAAAUACUGGAUAAUAAUGGAAAUUGACGAAGACUUAAGUAUUAUUGAAGCAGAUCCAAUUGCACCAGAAGUAUCCUCUGAGUCAUUUGGUGAUAUAUCCUGUAUAACUAAUGAUGAUAAUGAAAAAGAAAAUAUUGAAGACCCACAUUCAAUUGAAACUGACGAAUCUGAUGAAGAAGAUGUUACAAUGUCCGGAUCAGAGUCAGGAAUAGUUGAAGAUUUCACUUUCGAUCCAACUGCUCUUAUAGAAAUAUCUGAUAUACUCGAUCUUGUUGGUAAAAAUUGGACAAUAUUCCGUGUAUCUCCUUUGUGGAAUUUAAAUUUUGAUACAGACUAUUUAAAUUUGUUAUCAAAAAAGUUGAAGAAAUUUUUAAUAAAUCAUAUAUCUACUAAUAUGAAGAACCAAAARAAUUCUUUCUCAGAAAUCUCAGUGCAAAUUGAAGCAAAAGAAGCAAAUCUUGAAUGUAUUGCAUUAAAGUACAGGGGCGGACUGGCCAGGUGUGCUAGUGUGCCGUAG